GCGUUCUCUCUUCCCGGUGUGACCAAGCUGCAGUGUCCACCGGCGAGGAGUACCCGCUGCCCCGAGCCGAGGAGGACGAGGAGGAGAUCUGGGAGCGAGCGGCGGCCGGCCUGGGCCGCUCUGGUGGGGGCUGGCGACUCUGCUCCUUCACUUGCUGCUGUCUCUGGGAACCGGGUGUCAGCACUGAGGAGUCUUCAGCGGACAGCGAUCCCCUUCCCCGGCUCCCCUGCCCACCCUGCCGGGGAGGGCGGAAGAUGCCAGUGAAGAAGAAGAGAAAAUCCUCUGGGGUGGCAGCGGCAGUAGCGGAAGACGGAGGCCUGAAAAAGUGUAAAAUCUCCAGCUAUUGCAGAUCCCAACCCCCUGCUAGACUAAUAAGUGGAGAGGAACAUUUUUCAAGCAAGAAGUGCCUGGCUUGGUUUUAUGAGUAUGCAGGUCCUGAUGAAGUUGUAGGGCCAGAAGGAAUGGAAAAAUUUUGUGAAGACAUUGGUGUUGAACCUGAAAAUAUUAUUAUGUUAGUUUUAGCGUGGAAAUUGGAGGCUGAAAGCAUGGGAUUUUUUACCAAGGAAGAAUGGUUAAAGGGGAUGACUUCAUUACAGUGUGACUGCACAGAAAAGUUACAGAACAAAUUUGACUUUUUGCGCUCACAGUUGAAUGAUAUUUCUUCAUUUAAGAAUAUCUACAGAUAUGCCUUUGAUUUUGCAAGGGAUAAAGAUCAGAGAAGCCUUGAUAUUGAUACUGCUAAAUCUAUGUUAGCUCUUCUGCUUGGGAGGACAUGGCCACUGUUUUCAGUAUUUUACCAGUACUUGGAGCAAUCAAAGUAUCGUGUUAUGAACAAAGAUCAGUGGUACAACGUAUUAGAAUUCAGCAGAACAGUCCAUGCCGAUCUUAGUAACUAUGAUGAAGAUGGUGCUUGGCCUGUUCUUCUUGAUGAAUUUGUUGAGUGGCAAAAAAUCCGUCAAACAUCAUAGCAAGAACUAUUGUGAAGAAAAUGCAAACCUUUUGAUUCCCACGUGUGUAGAAGCUAAUGAGAUAAGGGGAAAAAGUCCAAAGGGUGCAUUUUCAUUCAUAUGAAAGACUUCUCAUAGUACUUUUUUUUCCUUGUUUUUAAAGGAAGUUUUCUCGUUACAUGUGAUAGGCAUUGAGCCACACCUCUCUGAGACUGAAUAUUGAAGUUUUUGUUUUGAGUUAUGUUUAUAACAUUUAUUUCAGAACAAUAAAGAUUCAGAUUUGUGACAAAGGCCUUAAAGUGAA